AGCAAGAGAGAUUGGAGUUGGUCCCAGAUGAAUUUGAAGUCACCACUAUGUACUACUUGUCUACCGUUGGAAUUUAUAUGGGGGCACAGUAUAACGAAGGCCAUAAUCACGAUUUUCAGGACAUCCCUAUCCAAGGUGAAGAGCCAGAACAAGAAUAUGAAGUGCCAUUGCAUGACACCAUUGUACAGGAGGAAGAAGUGUCUCUGCAUGAUAUACCUAUUCAUGCGCAUGAUUUGCCCGCGACAGGGAUGGAUAGACGGGCGCGGAGUUCAUCCUCCCGCGGAGGGGGUUCUCGUGGACGAGCUAGGGAAAAGCGUGUUAGGCCACCUACUACAUCUUCAUCCUCUAGUAGCGGCAAUCAUAGUAACCGACCUGUAGACCGUGCCUAUCUAGAUGCCACUGUGAGGAGGAUGGAAGAGGCACAUGAAGAGAGAUUGAAGCGGCACAGCGAAUCUAUAGAGGCACGGGUGAAGAGGACUUUGAAGGAGUUUUUAGUGGAACUGAAGGGAUUUUUAAGUUGUAAGAGUGUUCAAGCUAGGGAUGUACAUUCCCCUGCUCCUCGACCUACACCGACAUCCGAGGCAAGACUAUUUUGAUGAUAUACGAGACGAGGGUGCCGAGGAAGGCGAUGAUAUACGAGAUGAGGGUGCCGAGGAAGGCGAUGUUCCUCGUGAUGAUAAUGUGACACAAUCGCCAUAUGUUCCUCAGUUUACUCAGUUUGAGUGUGGGAGCACAUCUUUUUUGGGCACUGAUGCCGAGAUCCCUCGUUUCUCCAACCCAAUUGAUCAAAUGAGAGCAUGUUUUGAUUACAUGGGAGAGGAGAUGGUUAGUUUUGGAGAGCCCUCCCAACGCAUUGAGGCGCCGGUAUUGCCCCGUAGAAGUACACGUCAGAGAUUCUCAUCUCAACAGUUGGAGUCCCCGUAUGCUGCAUCUGGAGAACCCAGACUAGUUUCAACAAAGGAGUUGGAUAACUUCAGGUCCUUCCUUAAUGGAAACGAUUCUGGGGCAACCGUGCUGGAAAGUAACCAUAAUCUAUCGAAGAAUUGGUUCAAGAACAUACUGAAGCCUGAUGCUUCUCUUCAUCAGGAUGUUAGUUUUGGAGUUGUUCAUAUUGUGCUUGCAAUCCAAGUUGAUGCAUCGGGUUUCUCUUCUCCCAUUUGUUAA